AUGCCAGAAAACGAAGAGGUUAAUACUGCGAUCAUGAUCGAUCUUGGUUCAGGAACCACAAAAGUCGGAUUUGUUGGUGCAGAUAAUCCCAGCAGCGUAUUUCCGACAGUAAUUGGUCAAGCAAACAAAGGUCGUUUACAACACAUUCCACUCACCACGUUAUAUUCGGAACGACCAAUGAUCGGCGAGGAAGCUGUCUGCCAUUUAUACAACACUCUCCAAUAUCCAAUCCGACAUGGCAUCAUUACCGAUUAUGAUUUAAUUGAAAAAAUUCUUCAUCAUGCACUUUACAAUGAGUUACGAGUUGCACCCGAAGAACAAUCUGUCAUGAUUUCCAAUCGAACCAAUACUCCAAAUUUACAACGAGAAAAAUUAACACAAAUCAUGUUCGAGACUUUUUCAGUUCCAGCAUUUUACCUCGCACCUUCUUCGGUAUUGACCAUGUUUGCAUCUGGAAGAAAUACUGGAAUUGUUUUAGAUUGUGGAGAUGGUGUGACAAGUGUCGAAACAGUUUGCAAUGGUUAUCAUACCAUUCAUGCUGCAAAACGAAUUUCAAUGGGAGGAAGUGACGUGGAUGAAUAUUUAUCGAAUUUGAUUUUUAGAGAACGAGGUUAUGAAUUGACGACCAGCGCUGAAAUGUACAUUGUGAAGGGAAUUAAGGAAAAGUUAUCCUAUGUGGCACUCGAUUUCGAUGAACAAGUUCAAAAAUCGAGACUGUCCACUGAAUUGGAAAAGUGUUUCGAACUUCCUGAUGGAAAUGUCAUUACCUUAGGUCGAGAACGAUUUCAAUGUAUGGAAGCAUUCUUUCAACCACAUCUCAUUGGACGUGAAGAUGCUGGUAUUCAUGAAUUAGUAUUCAAUGCCAUUCAAAAAUGUGAUUUAGGAGUGAGAAGAGAUUUUUAUGGAAAUGUCUUGUUGAGUGGAGCAAGUACAUUGUGUGAGGGAUUUGAGGAUCGACUUGCGAAAGAAAUGAACGCACUUGCUCCUUCAACCAUGCAUGUGAAAGUUGUGGCUCCACCAGAAAGGAAAUAUUCAGUGUGGAUUGGAGGAUCGAUUUUGGGAUCUUUGACUUCGAUGGCAAAUUGUUAUAUUACAAAAGAUGAAUAUGAUGAGGAUGGACCUACUAUGGUUCUUAGAAAAUGUUAUUGA